AUGAGUUUCUUUAUCGACUUCAUACGGAGCGUGUUUCUGAAAAUGUUACAGUUAAUAUGGUUUGGCAAGCGAAGAAUCACAAAUUCGCUAAGUAUUUAUGUGAAAACCAACACUGGAAACACGCUCGCUGUUGAUCUAGAUCCAAAAUGGGACAUAAAAAACGUGAAAGAAAUAGUGGCUUCUCAAAUGGGAAUAUCACCUGAAGACAUAAAAAUUAUAUUUGCAGGAAAAGAACUGCACAAUUCGACAAUUAUAGAGGAAUGCGAUUUGGGACAACAGAGUAUCUUGCACGCUAUUAGAACUCCACCUCAAAGACUCAAUAGAAGUAAAGAUACAAGUACCAUUGAAGAAUCUUCAGAACUGUCCGAGUUAAGCGAUAGCGGUGGCAAGCCGAUGAAUGAAACUCUUACCGAUUUACCUUUAGACGAAUCAGAUUUACAAGAGAAUUCAUCGAUGGAAGAGUAUCAGGACAAUCGGGCACAUUUUUUUGUAUUUUGUUCAUCACCCUGCAAGGCAGUCACAACAGGAAAAUUAAGAGUAAGAUGUUCAACCUGUAAUACUGGCGCUGUUACUGUAGAUAGAGAUCCACAGUGUUGGCCAGACGUGCUCAUGCCAAGAAGAAUAACAGUUCACUGUGAAAAUGACUUGUGUCCAGCACCUGCAACAAUUUCUGAUGAUACAGAAUCUCAAGUUCUGUACGCUCAUUUCUAUUUCAAAUGUGCAAAGCAUGCCAGCCUUGGUGAACAAGAUGAAGCAGUUCCGUUGUAUCUCAUAAAACCAAAUUUAAGGAAAAUACCUUGCUUGGCAUGCACAGAUGUUAGAGACACAGUAUUGGUCUUCCCAUGCGAAGCAGGUCAUGUAACUUGUAUCGAUUGCUUUAAAGAUUACUGUUCAGUUCGUUUAGGAGAACGUCAGUUUCAGUUCGAUGAGGUUAAAGGAUACUACACUCUUCCAUGUCCAGCAGGAUGCUCAGAUUCUUUAAUUCCAGAGGUUCAUCAUUUUCAUCUCCUUACUUCAGAGCAGUACGAUCAGUAUCAGAGAUUUAGUACAGAAGAAUAUGUUUUGCGCGUCGGUGGUCUUUUGUGUCCAAGACCAGACUGCGGAAUGGGUAUUAUACCAGCUUCUCCAGAUGAUGGUAGCGAUAACGAAGAAUGCAGGAAAAUCCAGUGCAUUGGUGGCUGUGGAUACGUCUUCUGUAGAAGAUGCUUACAAGGAUUCCAUGUAGGGGAUUGUGAACUGCAGCCAUCUUCCAAUACAAUACAGAAAUCUGGCAGAUAUACCGUGGACCCGCAAAGAGCUAAAGAUGCAAAAUGGGACGAAGCUAGCAAAAAAACUAUACAAAUAUCAACGAAACCGUGUCCAAAAUGCAGGACGCCGACGGAAAGAGAUGGAGGAUGUAUGCAUAUGGUUUGUACAAGAUCGGGUUGUGGUUACCAUUGGUGUUGGGUAUGUCAGACACAAUGGACGAGGGAAUGCAUGGGUAAUCAUUGGUUUGGUUAAUAUUUAACCGAUAUUUAGAAAUGUAUUGUAAUAUUAAUAAUUUAUACAAAUGUAAAGAGAGAGAAAAUUUGCAUACACUAUUUUUAUGAAUAACUAGAUACUAGUGAAAUUAAGGACACAUCCA